AUUUAAAACUCUCUCAAAAACAUUAAUUCAAAAUUUGCAGGUCUUCCUCCCAUGGAGAAUCCUCAGAAAAGAAUUGCGGGACUCGGCGAAUCCAAACUUCCACAGGAAAUCAUUCACCGCAUACAAUGUUUUAUGUCUGGGAGGGAUGCUGCUCGAUCCACUCUCGUAUCCAAGUCGUGGCACGGCGCGUGGUGCAUGCGCCCCAACCUCUGUUUCGAUCAAUCCGCGUUUCGGGAUCGCAUGGAUAAGUUUCCCAUAUUCACGAUGAAUUCUAUGCAGAGGUAUGAAGAUUUGAACCUAAAGAUUAAGAGUUUCAAGCUAUGUAUGGAAGUUAACAAAAAUUCUGAUCUGGCUACAGAAUUGAUUUUGAAAGCCAUCAAAUUGGGGGCUAUUGAUCUCACCAUUGAGUUUCCAAUCUCGGAUACUGGUAGAUAUUUUGUUCUACCAGAUGAGGUGCUUGAACCAGAAACCCUAGUUAGAUUAUGUGUUCAAGGGGUCAUGAUAAUUGCUUUCGAAAAGAGGAAUAAAGUGGUAACCUCCUCCAAUCUUAAAUCCCUUCAUCUAUCCUAUGUGUCUGUAAAUGGUGAUUUUAUUAGUGAUUUGAUUUCGAGAUGCCCAUCCAUUGAGAAUUUAAGAUUGACAAAACUUAGGAAUUCCCAUCUCUUUAAUGACUUGUGGCCUCAAUUUGCUUGCCUCAAAGAAUUGGUGAUUGAGAAUAUCAACUUGGGCGAUGUAAGAAUCUGUAGCCCAUCACUUGAGCGCAUAACCAUACACUUACAUGAGUUUAGAAACGUGAUGAAUGCAGAGUUUGAUGUUCCAAAUAUUCGAUACUUUAAGUUUGAUGGCCGUGAUAUUCCUUGCCUCAAGUUCAAAUCAAUAUGUAGUUGGGAAUGUGAGUCGGAUAUACACAUACAUUUCACGCCCUACAUGGCUGGUGCUUCAUCGCCCUACAUGGCUAGUGCUUCGUGGUUCUCUUCGUUGAACCAGCUGCUAAAAAUGUUGAGCCCAUCCCGAGUUUCUCUGUCUAUAUUCAUUGGCAAUAUGCAAUAUGAUGGAUAUAGAUAUGUGGGAGAUGGUUCAGCUAUACCUGUGGUGGAGAAUUUGACGCUAGAGGGUUCUGCAGUGACCCGUGCUUCUAUGGAUUCUUUACUUUGGAGUUGUUGCCCCAAAUUCAUAAACAUUCAGAAACGUUAUGCAAAGGUAGUGGAUUUGAAAGUAUUCAGACAGUUGAAGAAGAAGACAUUGUUAGAUGCCGGGGAAAUUCUUCACUUCCAACGUAAGUAUUAGGUAAAAUCACUUCAUGUUUAAUUAAGUUAAUUAGAUUUAAUGUCUAUCAUUCAAUGAUGAGUUGUUUUUUUUAGUUAAUAAAUAUACAUUCAUGAAUAUAUAGACAAUUUUCUCAACUCCAUCUGUUUUUAUGUUCUAUUUCUUUGGUAAACUCAUCUGAUUUUGAUCUUGCUUAGUUAAAAUGUUGAAUAAUAUAUCAAAUCAAGGUGCGUGGUUUAAUUUAAUAUCUGGAAUUUAAGAUGGUGAACCUGCACUCAUCAUGAAUUUAGUUUGAUUUUUAUGGAGAUAAACUUUGCUGUUACUCUUGUUUUUACUCUCCUUGGUAUUUUUUUCCUCGUUAUUAGAUUGAAGAACAUUUGAUUUGUGGAACUUGAUUUUGAAACUUGUUAUUAGAUUUUGAAAAUUUGUUAUGUUCAUAAAUGAUUGUAAUGAAUGUCGAUGUUAUGAAACUGCUUUUCUAGGGGCAACAAAUUAAAUGUAUUCACAAAAUAAUUUGGAUAUUAAAGAUAGGGUAUGUGAAGAACUGUAGAGAUGUUGAUAUAUAUGCUGUUGCUAAUAUAGUGAGCUGUUGCUGCUGUUUCUCAUAUGAAAUUGUAUCUUGAGAAACAAACAAUUGAGAAAUGAUAACUGCUUCUCUUUUACUUUCAAACACAAUGUUUACUUCAUAAAUUCUUCUGUAUGAUUUGUGGCCUCAAUUUCCUUAUUUAUUUGAUAUUGAUUUUGAAAGCGAUCAAAUUGGGGGUUACUUAUUUGGU